AUGGCAUAUUAUCUUGUCGAAACAUUUGGUCUUUCAUUGUCGCCAUUAAACAUUUUGUUACCGGAUACAUCGCUUCAACUCAAUUCAGACAUUUUGAGGAGUGCUAUGUUAACACUGUUUUCCUGUACGUCCGAGAUGUGAUGCCAGGCGUUUCCAUGAGAACAGUAGAGAUGGACUCCCUUGAUAAGAAUGUUCCAAUGCGUGUGUCAUCUGACUUCAUGUUCUGAGUGGGCAGUGGAAGUAGAGAUAAUCACGUUGACGUAUCCCACAAAGCCACAUGUAGAAUUCUCCCUGCUCUCUACGACAUGAAGAACGCUAUUCAUUGUAUUGUAACGUUGUUGACGUUGUGGUUGACCCUAUGUGACCUCACCAGUGUGUUUCUCCGGCAGGGAGAGCUGUCUUCCGUUAAAGGAGUCUGUGAUGCCCAGUGCGAGGCCCUGUGUCAGGAGCAACCGGACCUAGUGGAUAAAUGCGAAGACCUUUGCAGACCAAGUACACAGAGGCAAUGGGUAUUCAACUGCACAGACGGCGGCGACUGUAGAGGAGCUGGGUACUGCUCCGUGCUCAAGAACAUCAGUCAAGGCGGGUACCUUCCUCCCAAGCCGGACGUGAAGAUCCUUAGGGACCCCGUCACCCGGGACAUCAUGCUCCACUGGACACUGGACGCCACAACCCAGCACAAGGUCAUCUACAUCGUCCAGUGGGAUCUGGCUGUCCACCCCGAGAUGUUGUUCAAUGUGCCCCCUCUCCCCAGUCCGAACCCCCAGAAGCUCAGGAGCAACUCUUGGUACACGCAGGGCUGGACAAUCAGCGACACCUACUUUGUAAAUGAGGUAACAGAUGUCUGUGAACGGCCAAUGUUCAGAGUCGCCUCGGUAUCCAGGUUCGGAUCCCGAUGGUUUAGUGAUCCCAUCACAACGCCAGCGAUCGCGCCUGUGGAGGUAAGGAACAUCACCCAUAGCCCAUUAGUCUUCGAUGCCAGGACUGAGGAGAUCAAGUUCGAACUAUAUUGGCAGGAACCGGAAGGCUGGAAAAGAAGUGAAAUCAUCACCUACAGUUGGACGGAAAACCUUGACCAGCCCUGCUCGAACAGUGACAGCGGUCAAAGUGUGCCUGUCUACUUCGACUCCCAAAACUCGACCCAUUAUACCAAUAUUCUGAAUGUCAGAAUACCAAAGGGUGGCAUGGGGUGUAAGUUCCAGUUCCAGGUGCGGGCAUUUUCAAGAUGCACCCCGAAUGUAGUUGGACUAUCCAGCCGUAUUAACAUCAACAUAGACUGCAAUAAUGUGAUCGGGUUCUCAUGUCCGGCGACGCCUAUUUAUAACCCGCCGGGCAACGUAGUGGACAUUACAAUGCUGGUGGUGCCCAUCCAGACUGGUCAUCGUGUGCUGAUGGGCUGGAAGGCCCCCACGGACAAGGGGUCAGUUGGUCAGAUUGACCAGUACCACAUCAGGUGGGGCAAGCUCAACCUAUCAACGUACGACGAACUGAUGGGCCUCGGUACCCUGUACAACACCAGCACCAAGACUGUACCUGGGAAUCAUACAUGGACAGAAAUUCAGUUAGCGAACUCCACUCAUAACACCUCGGACACCUAUGGUGUACAGAUAAUCGCGACACCACCCGGGCACAGACUGGUUGGAUCAUGGUUGUCGCCUGUCACCUCCAUGUCCCCCGCGCCGAUCAGAGAGGACGAUUCCGAGCCAGCUAUUACAACCCCUAUCAAACUUCCAGAAGAAUACGCCACCGUUCUGAAGGACGACAAUGGUGUUGUCAUCGUCUUGGUACCCAAGGCCCAAGCGGCCAGGGUGUAUGUCGCCAUGCCCGAGGAGCGGUCACGUGACAACCUCAAAGGCUUCAGUGUUCGCUGGGGGCGUGCAUUGAACAGCACUGGCGAACCAGUCUUGGUGAAUAAAAACACAACGUUUAUCACAAGGGACACCAAGUCGGUGGUGCUGGAUCACCUCAUUCCAAAGAAGCGCUAUGGGGUGCAGGUAAUUCCGCUAUACAACACUUCAAAAGAUGGCGGUCAUGGUAACCUUAGGCGCACAGAACCAGAGCCAGUGCCAGCUGCGGAAGUCCAUGUCUUCACCAUGCCCUUGGUACAAGAACAAGUUGCACCAAGUCCUGAUGGAAGAAAAGAAGACUCCCGAAGCGGAAACAAAGCUGUGAUGACGGCGGUGUCAGUGACGCUGUUGGUGGUGGCGGCGGUCGUCGUGGUGCUAGCUGUUGCUGGCAGGAUUGUUUACAAGAAGAGAAGGAAGAAACUGUCCCACCUGCAACAGCGACUUGGACCUGACAGCGACGCCUACAGCUACUACUACGACCUCGGUGGACGGACACGGGCCGACAUCACAUCUCUUCAGAGCCCCCCGGUAGUUGCCGACCGAUGGGAGCUGCCCCACAGCUGUCUCAAGCUGGGACAGGUGCUGGGGAGUGGGGCAUUUGGCCUGGUGCUGGAGGGCAAAGUAACCUACGCUAUGCUGCAACACCGAGGGGCACAGAUACCUCGGACGGAGGGUCGGGAUAAGAUGCAUGCUACGGUGGCUGUCAAGAUGUUACAAGAGGGCGUGGACGGCCGUUACUACCGCGACUUCAUCAAGGAAAUUAACCUGAUGAAGAGGAUCGGCUACCACACCAACGUCGUCAGCAUGCUUGGCUGCUGCACUCUCCGUCAGCCCAUCUGUCUCGUGGUGGAGCAUAUGGCGAAUGGCGACCUCCUUCACUACCUGAAGAAGAUCCGAUACAGUCUUCGCGUGCAGGAGGAUGAGACCGGCCACUAUGAGAAUCGAGAAGUGGAACAUAUCACCCCACUGGACCUGCUUUCAUUCGCCAGACAGAUUGCACGAGGAAUGGAGUUCUUGUCGGGUAAAUCAUUUGUUCACCGAGACCUGGCUGCACGGAACAUAUUAGUUGAUGACAACAAGGUGUUGAAGAUUGGAGACUUCGGCCUAACGCGCUUCAUCUACGAUGACAAAAUCUACGUCAACCGUCAUGGAGGGAAACUCCCGGUCAAGUGGAUGUCUGUGGAGGCCAUCUUUGAUCUGACCUUCUCAACAGCCAGUGAUGUAUGGUCCUUUGGAAUUGUAUUGUUCGAGAUUGUGACACUAGGUGGCACUCCAUACCCUGGUGUAGCCAAUCGAGAGCUUAUAUCAGAGCUGAGUGCUGGAUACCGCAUGGAGCGACCUGAUAACUGUUCUACUGAAAUGUAUCGGCUGAUGAGAGACUGCUGGAAGAGUGACCCAAAGAAACGCCCUAGUUUUGCUGAGAUAGGAGACAGAAUUGACACCAUGAUUGCAGAAUGUUCAGGCCAGGAAUACCUUGACCUUCAGCUUGAUGAGUCCCAGGGAUACUAUCAGGUGCAGGAUUCUGAAGAAGAGUCUGAUGGUGAAUUGAGAAUGGAUAUCCACGAUGCCUCUGAUGCUGGUAGGGAGGCCCAAGAAGCCAAAGAGGAUGAAGAGGAAGACAUGGCUGAAAAUAGAGAGAUUGAAACAGAUGGAACUCUGACUGCAGAGGUUAGGAAGCUUGAUGGUGAUGUGGACAGGAGCCACCAUGAUAAAGAUGCUAAAGAAGGACGGUUAUGGGCUAUUUCAGCACCAAAGAUGUAUGACACAUUGAAAGAGGAUGAAGAAUUUGUUACUAUUCCAAAAUUCAUCACAGAGCUUGGAAGUUACAAACGUAAAAAAUCUCGAAGGGGUUCCAGAAAGGAUGAACGGAGGAUUCCAGCUAAGCUCCAGCUAAUGGAGAAGCUACAUGAAGCAGAUGGAAGGGAGGACAGGGGGUCGGACAGCUCUCUGAGUCCUUUGUCCGAUGAGGUUUUCUCCGAGGGUCUCUACACAGCACCAUAUUCAUAUCUGAAAACACCGGAUCGUGGUGGACUAUCUGACAGGGAUACAUCUCCAACCAACUCUGAGAUAUCAGACAACGUCUUCAACACUGAUUCCAGUGAGAUGUCUCAUCAGUGUCAACGUCGAUAUGAGAGGACAACCUCUGAAAUAUCUACUACCAGCAUCGAUUCUGGCUUUCCUCAGAGCCCUCUACAGCUUUACUUCCCAGGAUACUCCGGAAAAAGAAUGGACUCUGUCGGGUAUUCCCGCAGCAGAUUGGACUCCGUCGGGUAUUCCCGCAGCAGAUUGGACUCCCUGGGGUACUCUCGCAGCAAGCUCGACUUGGGAUACUCUCCUCGGCACAAACAGACGUACUGUAAGAAUGCUUCACGAAGUCCCCCGUCAGGGUCCUAUCUGGGUCGGUUGAAGAGAUUGACCAGGAACACCUCCGCAUCUUCUGGAGGAGGAUGUCUUCCUUCUGUGGCAGACAGUGAUGAAGAACUUCACUCUUCAAGCCUGUAACAAGGUGAAUAAAUAUUGUCACUCAA